AUGAGUGAGUGUCCGUCGAUAUCGCCGCUGACGCCUCACAUUCCGCGACCACCGUCGAUAUCGUCGUUCCCACAAGUUGGUUUCUCAAAUGUUGGAUUCGAAGCUGAGGUUCUUCCUUCAAAGAUACUUGUGAACCGCUUUAACCAUCUUGAGUCCAUCUUGGUCCACCAAACUCUUCAGUUGAGUAAAGAGUUCUCUAGAAAUGUUGUAAACUAUGUCAAAAGAAUCCUCAAGGGGUUUAAUGGUCUGGAUUCUUUCUCUUGGGGAUGUCUUGUUCGGUUCUUGAGCCAGCAUAGGAAGUUUAAAGAAACGGUUGCCGUGUACAUCGAAAUGCACAACUCGGAGUUUCUCCAAACAGGUCUGGUGGGUUUGUAUUCAAGACUCGGUUACAUUGAGAUGGCAAAGAGGGCGUUUGAUGAUAUUGCUGAGAAGAACACAGUUUCGUGGAACUCGCUUUUACAGGGGUAUUUGGAAAGUGGGAAUCUGGAUGAAGCUCGUAGAGUCUUUGACAAGAUUCCAGAGAAAGAUGUUGUGCUAUGGAAUCUGAUAAUCUCGAGCUAUGCCAAAAAAAGGUGA